AUGCCUUUCCCCCGCCCGACAAAAUCCUCUUCGUCGCCGACGCCGCCCUCUGGGCCCUCGGACGACGGCGGCCUGAAGGACCAUCCCGAAAUUAACAAGGUCAAGAGAAAGCGGCAAUCUCAGAGUUGCGAUGCAUGUCGUGCUCGCAAGGUAAGGUGUGCUCGCGAGAACCCGGAUGACCCAAAGCAGUUCUGUAAGCAUUGUAUCGCGCUCGGAAUACCGUGCACGUACGAUUAUCAGCCGAAAAAGAGAGGGCCUCCCAACUUGUAUCUUCGACGCCUUCAGGAGGCCGCAGCUGCCGCCGCAGCCCAACAGGACAAUCAGAAUGGCCUCGAUAUCUCCCAUUUACCCGACGCAACAAGUCCGACUCAGUCGAUCCUUUCCACCACCUCGCAAGCCACCAUGCCGUCCUUCCUGGAGCCCUCUCUUAGCCCAGUGCCAUCCAUGCACACAACCACCCUCCCGCCCUCGCGAUAUCCUAUCACAGCCGACGGCUUUCACUCAUCCUUCUCCCCCAUACCCUCAAUUGGCUCUUCCUCAUACGGCCCAUCAUCCGCUGGCUUAUCGGGUAGACCACCUUCUGGUGACGACUCGCAGCCAUUUGCAUCCCCAACCGAUCAAUUCAGCACGUAUCCUCUGCAUAACUGGUCAUUCAAGCAGCACCAGGCACUCUCUAUACUUCCGCCUACAGCGAUGCCUCCUCUCUCGUACUACUACCGACCGCAUCGCCUCGAAGACGUCGCACCCCGUGACACGCUCCUCCUCAUUAUCGCGCUUUUCUUUGAUUUUGUGUACCCGCUGACGCCCUGCGUGCACAAGCCGUCGUUCAUGGCGGACGUGCACGGUCACAGAGAGGAGCGCGACCCUCUGUUCUUUGCACUUGUCAUGUCUACCGUGGCCUCGACGCUGGUGCAAGUGCCGCGAUCGUACGUCCCCAUGGAGCGCCAUGCCGUGCGCAAGCUCGCGCAAACGUGUCACGAGGCGAGCCGCCAUAUCUCCGUUGCAUCAUACGAUCCGCCAACGUGCAUGCAUGUCGUUAUUCGUUAUUUCGAUUGUAUAUACCACUUCUGCGAAGGCCACGAUGCGACGCAACACGCAGCGUUCGGCGAAGCGGCACACAUUGCCAUCACGCUGCGCAUGCACGAAGAGUCCUCCUAUGAGGGCCUUGAUCUAAUUGAAUGCGAGACGCGCCGGAGGACAUUUUGGCUACUCUUUGGAGCGGAUAAAUCCAUGUCCAUUCUCCUUGGGCGCCCGAUUUCUCUUCGGGAUGAGGACACCACGUGCAACUUCCCCCGAGAACUUGACGACGAGUACAUCACGCCAAGUGCAUACCUUCCCCAGCCCCAUGGCAAGACCGCUAUCGUCUCAGGGCUCAAUUACAGCUCCCGUAUCUUUGCGCUCCUGGGAGAGAUCCUUGUGCGCAUCCGCGUAGACAAACGCUCGCCGCCCCAGGGGCAGUUCCUCACGGCGCGUCUCGAUGAGGUGCAGGCGCUGCAUGCACGCAUCGUAUCCGCGCUCUCACACGCGCCCGAGCCGCUCCGGCUGAAGCAGGCGCACCCGCAGUCCAACAUACCCCCUGAAUAUGGCAGUGCGGGGUUCCGGCAGACGACGUUCGCGGAGGUCAAGGACUUUUUCGACAACCCCAAUGCGUCGCGCGCGAACGCACUCAACCCGUUCUUGGUGAUGCAGGCGAAUGUGUACGUCACGCAGCAACUGGUCCGAUUUGUGAUAGAGCAGUACCGCGACGAGCUGAUCACUUCGCUCCAAGGGAGCAUCGAUGAGCAAUGUGUUGCUCAGGACAGGGAAGCCGUAGCAAGUGACCUCCUCAAUAUCCUACACAGCAUACCUAUCCAGUCCAUCGCAACGAACGGACCCUCACUGGUACACAAAGUGCGCUUCGUCGCGUCGACGCUCCUCGAUGCUGUGCGCAAGGCGGAGACCGCACCGGCGUCCGCUGCGCGUGCGCACGCCUACUUGUGGGACUUUUUGUCGAUUCUAUCAGAGAUCGAGCGCAACUAUUUAUUGGACGACGAGAGAGACGUGGCAUCAUCCAGCGCGGACGGCAUGCCACUCAUGGGUGCAAGUUGA